GAUCAUGAUCAUGGGUGUCAUGGUUUGUUGUGUAUCUAAUUGUUUGGCGUAUUUUUUAUUUCGCAAAUAAUCAGUAACUAAAUGAGUCUUUUACAUUGUUGUAUUUUAUACAAAAUUGUGCCAUGAUAUUUUCUUGUGAUAUUCAAUGGAGUACAGUACGGAAAUAUACAGCGGGACUGAGAAAUAAUCUUUAGAUAAAAAGAGACAAAGAUUUAUGAUGUCGACUUUGCAAAAAGCGUCAUUUGUACGACUAUGGUUGUCAUUAUUGUGGAUGAUUUGUUUUACAUCGAAUAAUAAUGGGAUUAUUGGUGGUUUAGCAUUAAGUCAUAAUCAGUGCCCUGUGGAAUGUGCCUGCCUUGGAAAUGUUGUUGCUUGCAGUGAUUUACAAUUGGUCGAAGCACCCAGUGGUUUGCCACCAUGGACCGUUUCUCUAGAGUUGAUAUCGAAUAAUAUUUCCAAUUUAGAAUUCGAUGUUCUGCUACAUUUAUUGAAGCUCAAAGAAUUAGAUGUAAGUGCUAAUCAACUAAAGGACAAUUUUACAAUUUCAUUGCCAAUUGAGACUCAAUUGCGAGUCUUAAAAUUGAAUAGAAAUCACCUAACACAAUUGCCACAGUUCUUGUUCCUUUCAAGUCUCACGCACUUGAGUUUAUCUCAUAAUUCAAUUAAUAGAAUAAAUGGAACAACUUUAUUAAAUUUGCCAGGACUUCAACAUUUGGAUCUUACUGGUAACAAAAUAAGUAUUAUUCAUUAUGGAUCAUUUCUCGCGCCGAAUCAACUGAAAACACUAAAUUUAAAUAUGAAUCAAUUAAGUAUUAUCGAAAAUAAGAGUUUGGAAAACUUAACGGCUCUUGAGGAACUUCGUCUAAACAAAAAUCGACUUAUUCAAAUUAAAGAUCAAUUCACAAAUCUUCUUCGACUCAGAAUUUUAGAAUUGAAUAGAAAUGACUUGAGACAAAUUGAAGCUUUGAGUUUGAAAGACUUGAAGAAUUUGGAGGAGCUUAGUUUAAAAAGAAAUAGACUUGAAUCUUUGUACGAUGGUGCUUUUUGGCCGCUUAAAAAUUUGAGACUUCUUCAAUUAGAUUUUAAUUUAUUGACUAGCGUUAAAAAAGGCAGCCUCUUUGGAUUGGAUAAUCUCGAAAAAUUGACAUUGUCUCACAAUAAAAUUACAACGAUCGAAGCUCAAGCAUGGGAGUUUUGCAAAAAACUUUUAGAAUUAGAUUUGUCUAAUAAUGACUUAACAUCCAUUGAACGUGGAACCUUUGAAUAUUUGGGAAGAUUGGAGAAACUGAAAGUUGAUCAGAACAAAUUGUCAUAUAUCUCUGAAGGUGCAUUUAAUAAUACGCCGAAUCUACAAAUUUUAGAAUUGAAUUCAAAUAAAAUUUCGUAUAUGGUGGAAGAUUUUAAUGGAGCUUUCGUUCCACUCACACAACUUAUGAAACUUGGAUUAUCCCACAAUCAAAUUAAAUCCAUUAAUAAAAAUGCUUUCAAGGGCUUAGCACAAAUUACGGAAAUUGAUUUAAUUGGAAAUAAUAUUACAACUAUUCAGGAAAAUGCAUUUUUGCCUACGCCGAAUCUAAUAAAACUUAAAAUGAAUACAGGUUCAUUGGUUUGUGAUUGUGGACUUCAAUGGCUCAGUUUAUGGUUAAAAACUCAUCGGCAAAGUGACGCAAAAAUUCAUUGCGGUUAUCCUCAUUGGUUGUUCGGAAUGCCAUUAAUGCAUCUACAUCAAGCGAAUUUCACUUGUGAAGAAUAUCCAAAGCCCCGAAUAAUACAAGAUCCAGAGAGUCAAAUGAGUAUCAUGGGCGAUAACGUGUCGUUGAUUUGUCGCGCGACAAGUACUUCCGAUGCGCCAUUACAUUUUACAUGGAAGCACGAUAAUGUGGAAUGGGAUCCGAGUUUUCACAAGGACGUUGCAAGUUCUAAUCGAGGCAUCACUGAAGCCUCCUCCACAUUGCAAAUUACAAAUAUAACUCUUUCUAAAUCUGGAAAAUACCAAUGCAUGGUUACUAAUAAUUACGGUACUACGUAUUCAGCGAAAGCAAAAAUUAGCGUAUUAAUAUAUCCGUCCUUUUCUAAAAUUCCUCAAGAUAAACGUGUUAAUGCGGGAAGUACUGCCCGUCUUGAAUGUUCCGCUGAAGGGCUACCGGCUCCGCAAAUAGCAUGGCAAAAAGACGGUGGAAAUGAUUUUCCCGCGGCACGAGAAAGAAGAAUGCAUAAAAUGCCCGCUGAUGAUGUACUUUUCAUAAUUGAUGUGAAAACAGCCGAUAGUGGCGUUUAUUCCUGCAUUGCACAAAAUUUGGCUGGAAUGAUUAUUGUAAACGCCACACUUACCAUUCUAGAGGGUCCAUCGUUUGUGAAACCAAUGGAGAAUAAGGAAAUAAUGGCUGGCGGUUCGAUUGUACUCGAUUGUCGUGCCAGUGGUUCUCCACGUCCGAAAAUAUUGUGGCGCAAAAAUAAUAGUUCUUUGCAAGCAACUGAACGACAUUUCUUUACUGCCGAGGAUCAGUUGUUAAUUAUUGUCAAUACAGUUGCAAGUGAUGCUGGAGAUUAUGAGUGUGAAAUCAGUAAUACUUUGGGGAGUAUCGUGGGAGCUACGCAUCUUAAAAUUAAUCCAGCACCAAGUUCGAUGGUCAAUGAAGAUGAUAUGCUUGGUUUGAUAAUUAUAACCGUCGUAUGCUGCGCGGUUGGCACUUCAAUCGUGUGGGUUGUAAUUAUUUACCAAACAAGACAGCGUCUUAAGGCCUCUCAUCGACAAUCCUUAUCGACUUCUGUUCCAAUUGUGCCAGAAACACAGACUCACUUGUAUUUGGAUACAAGUUCUCAACACAGUAAAGACAGCGGUACUGGCGAUAGUACCAAUCCCAGUAAUGAUCAAUUGCAAUUAUGUUUGCCAGAAGAACUGAUGAAUUGUGCCACUAAUAAUGAGGAAGACGUUGAAGCAGCGACUGGAGAAAAUCCCCUUCUACGUUACACGAAUCACGAACGACACAUAAUGCAACAAGAAUCAGGUAAUUAAAAAAAAAGAAAGUAUAAAGUUAUGAUUUCAAAAUUUUUUGUUUUGAAAAUCAUACCAUAAAAUAACGCAGUAUUUUUUAAUUGAUUUAGCUUAGAAUAAUUUGUAACAGGCUUUACAGAGUUUUUUUUCUAUUUUUGCUUCCCCAAUGAAGGCAAAAAUUCUCACAUGAACACAUUUUAUUAUCUAUUUUAUUUAGAUAUUUAACGGUUUUCGAAACCAUAGCUUUUAUUUUUAUCCCAGUGAAUUAUUAACUGAAAGAAAACAGUUUCUAAAAAUUUAUUUAUCGAAUCGAUAAAAAAAAGAAAAUUUAAUUCUGUGAAACCUGUUUAAAUGUAGCUUGAUUUAGAAUUAAUAAUUAUGGAAUUAAAGUUAUGACUGGCUGCAAUAUUGAUAAUAUAAAUAUAUAUCCGCUGUCGUGGAACUGAAUGUGUGAAUACAGAGAAAUGAAUUUGUGUUGAAUUAGCUGUAUGUAGAAAUUUAAUGUGCCUAUAAAAAGUGCUUCUUCAGUAUAAAUAGUAUAUUAAAAAAAAAACAGAAAGUUUUUUUUGAUAAUAAGCAAACGACUGUGAAAUAUAGUAAAUAACAAAGCUCUUAAAAAAGAAAAGCACAAUUAAACGAAACUGAUUCUAGUAAUCUUGAUAAUAACUUAAUUGAGCUCUACAUUUUUUGAAAUGCAAUGAUAUUUAUUGACUAUUACAUUUUGUAAUUCAGUGUCAUUUCUAUUGUUGAAAAAUAUUUAUAAACAAUAGAAUUUUGUAAUUAAUAAUGCGCGUAAUCUCUAUAGUUGUCUAAAUUCACAUUUAAUCCUAGAGAAGUAAUUAAAUACAAAAUGCUGUCGAAUUUGUAGCAUCAAAAAGUUGCCUUAUGCAAAAAAGUAAUGCAAAAAAAAUAUACAAAAAAUACAAAAAAAAGCAAAAUAUAAAGUAUAAAAAGUAUUUACAAAUAUUUACAAAUAUUUACAAAUAUUUAAAAAUAUUAAUCGUAAAAAUUUUUACAAAUAUACAUACAAAAUUGAUUUUCCUAUUACAAAAAGCAAUAAAUCUUGAAAAAUGUGAAAUUUAAAGACUACAAUUGUAAAUAGUAAAUAAGUUAAGUGCGAUUAAGAAAACGUCUUGUUAUUAAAUUUGCUUGUACAAUAAAUCAAAUUUUUGUGAUCAUUACUUAUAUAAUUUUUUUUAUCAUACGACAAACUUUAAUUAUAGUACUUUUAUAUUUGACAGCAAACAAUACAAAAACGAGCCUUAUUUUGCUCUUAUUCAGGGUCACCACAAUGACAGGGAAUUCAGAAAAAAGUUAGAGAAUGUAAAAUUGAUGAGGGAAAUAUUUUGAAUAAUUUCA